GUCGAUCCAUGUGGAUAUUUAUUGCAUGUGUGUGUCAACAAGUACCAUCCAUUCAUCUGGAAUACUACAAAGGGUCGGUCCUGUCCUCCCAUCACACGCGAAAUACCACUCGUCACAUCCAUCAUUCCAUCAUUCGUCCCUCAGUGCCGUCUCACACAUCGAUGAAGACAAGGCAGAGGCGUGGUUGUCCUCUAGCGACCGCCGGAUGGCCUCCUCAAUCUGCUCCUGCUCUGUCUGGGGCACAGCAGGGGGAUGCUCACGAUGAUGAUGAUGGGGUGGGGUCGGAGCCACCCACCCAGCAGGUGGGGGUGGCACCUGGCGGGGGCUCGGUGGGAACCAGUCGUCAACGUACUCAUCGCCCUCCCCUUCCCCUUGCUCAUCCUCUUGCCGUGGCUGCAUAUCGGGGCGGCCAUUGGCUGCCCUCUCUCCCCCCUCCCAGUCAUCGAACCAGCCGUCUGUCGUGGCGCUGAGCGGCUCCUCGUCACUUGUGAGAGGCCCACGAGAGAAGGCCGAUAGCUCUGAGCCGAUAGCGGCCCUGACAAAGGCCAGCUGCUCCCGCAUCAGCCGUGCCUCACGAGAGCCAACGUGCGGACCCAUCGACACACACGGGGAGGGGGCGAAGAAGGCGGGCGAGAAGGCUUGUGCUGGCUGAGCUGUUGGCUGCACUGCCGGCUGGUGGCUGAUGCCGCGCCGCUUGGCGUAGUCGGUGUACCUGUUCUUGAGGCGGAUGAGCUCCUCGGGGAAGACCAUCCAUGGGAAAGACAGAAAGUCGCGAACAGGCGUCUCGGAGUCGUCAUCGAGGCCCAUUCCCCUGGACACAGGCAGGAUCAGGAUGCCGAUCGUCUGUCUGCCUGUGUGUGCUGUGCGCAUGAGUGGCUUACAGCUGGGCCAGGACAGAUAAGUCUUGCCGCGUGACGACGUAGGCGGCUGAUGCUCGCGCGAGGCGAAGGUCCACAACAGUGUCGUCACCUGCAUUGGCUGAGGUGACUGGAGCGGCCAGCUGCUGCUGCAUGGACUCGCGCAGGAUGGUCAGCUCCACUGACAGCUGACAAUGGAAUACACGGAUAGACGAGUGUGUGUGCUGUGUGCCUGUCCGUGUGUCGACUUCACUGCUGACCUUGGUGGCAGCAUCCCGUUCUCUGGCGGUGGGCUCCUCUUGCCACAGAGCGACGCACCCCAUACACGCCUGCAAACCAGCGCAUCAUCGCACGUGCGAACCGGCCGGGAAGGUCGGAUGGUGCGUCAGUCACCUCAGCUUCUUUCGCCACGCCAUACUUCCGCAUCAAACACGACAGCUGCGGGCGGCACAAACACGCACGCUGCACUUGGAUGGAUGAUGUCGGGUCCCUCUCCUCUGCUCUGCAUGCACCUGGUGGUUCCACAUGUCGCGGUGCCUUCUCAUGUCGUCCUGGUGCCUCUCAUAGUCGCGAUGCACCAGCUGCCAGUCCACAGCAGGGGGCAGCGGCUUGUCCCUCGGCCACACCCAGGCAGCGUCGCCGUCAUUGUCAGUCUCGGGCUCAUCCUCCGGGCCGAUGGUGCUGACGCCGCUGCUUCCAACGGCGGCCCCCUCGCUGUCGCCAUUGUAGGUGGUCUCCUCCGGUGUGUCUACACCACCAUACACACACACACACAAGGAUGGCGGGUUUUCUGUGUGUAUGGGUCUAUCUCUCACCGGUCUGUUGGCUCAUGCUUACAAUGGCACCAACGGUCUCCGCUUCCACUGCCGAUGUUGUUGCCACGGCCUUCUCGCCAACACCCUCCCCCUUGAUGUGCCCGUACGACGGCACCAGAGUGCGGCGAGCAGCCGCCAGCCGCGCCAAGGGGCGGCGGAUGAAGAAGUCGAUCGGGUGACCAGUGGUGCUGGUGCUGGUGCAGCUGAGUGUGGGGCUGGAGAGGCACGCGAGCGUGGCGGCGUGGGUGCUGACCUCCAUCUCGUAGGUCACCGAGGGACGGGUGAGGGAAUCGCCAAGAGGGCUGCACGAGCACAGAGAGACCACAGACAGACAGACGACAGACAUGAAGGGGGUCUGUGUCAGCGGCUUUCUAUCUCUUUCUGCGUACUUUUCGCCUCCGAUGGGACGUUCCUCGAUCCACACGAUCUCUCCGGUGAGAUGGUGCGUCUGGGCCCAGAAGCUAUAUAGACGGGCAACGAGCUCAUCCUGCACACACAUGACAUGGGGAGUCGUUUCCUGCACCACAUUGGUCUCCGUGUGGAUGCAUCGGGCCGUAGAGGACCAUGUCAGCGGUGCAGUUGAGGACCUCCACUCUGCGCGGCUUGCGGAAAAACUGCUCCAGGUGGCCAGCGCCCUCUCCUAAACACACAACACAUCCAUUCACGAAAUGAGAGCUUUUCGUGUGUGGCGGGGCGGGGCGGGGCUUGCUCACGGAAUCCUGGUGCGCUGAUUUCUGCUGCAGGGCUGAGUGUGUUCUUGUUGGCCUCAAAGGCAGCACGGAAGCCCUCGGCAUCACCCACCGUCUGCAGAACCACACACACACACACACACCCGUGCCCAUACAGACGGACAAUUUCUGUGAGCUGGGCUGACCAGGAAGAUGAUGUCGAUGGGCGAGCAGCACGUGUGUGUGUCUGGUGGGCGGAUGAGCACGUCCACGUAGCUGCUGUUGCUCUCCUUGAGCAUGGCCAUCAGGCUGCCGAAGGCCGCCACGAAGCUCCUGCUGUGGUUGUGCAGCUGAGGGUUCUCACAGGGGGUCAGCUCAGCCGCUGCAGAGCACACACAUGAAACACAGAGAUAGGAAGAAGCCGAUGGCCGACUGUGUGUGUGGUCUCACCGAUGUUGGUCACUCUGAGGAUUCUGUCCGUCUUGGGCUCUGGCAUUGGGAAGGCCUUAUCGGCUGCUGUCGAGCGCCCCUCCACACACCUGCGGUAUGCCGUAAUCCAGGGAUCCUCCUCUGCACACACACACACACACACAAGGAGAGAGAGAGAGAAGGCAACCACACUCAUCCAUAUGUGUGGAUUGUCCAGGACUCACCCCAGCUGACGGCAACGGCGAUCUGCUGCCCGCGGUAAGUGAGAAAUACCUCCGGCCUGGGCCGUCCGCUUUCCUGGCACUUGACCUCGAGCACCCGCAUCACCUCCCUCGUGAGUGCGGCUGAGGCGAGUGUGAUGGCUGCCGUGUACCAGCUGCAGCUGUGCGAUGAGGGCGGACACACCUCUGUCAACAGCUGACAUGACACAGACAUCAAACAACACAUACAAAGGGACUCUCCCCCCCCCUUCUCUCUCUCUCUGUGUGUGUGUACCCAUGCGGCCGAAACGACAGGCCCGUUCGCUGGAGGACGUCUGACGAUGGCCCUGAGUGCUGUGUCCAUCUCGCCCUGCAGCAGGUUGACCCCCAGACCACUGAAGGGCACCGUCACGACCAGCGUGUUGCAGUGAAGCAGAUCGUCUGCACCGCCGACACACACACGACACCAGCUGGUGUGUAUGUGUAUGUUGGUGUGUGGGUGUGGGUGUGGGUGUGGCUGUGGGUGCAUGCCUACGUGGCAGUGAUUGUGCGGCAGUGUAUUUCGGGUCGACGUCGAUGACCAGCGGCUGGCACGGGGGAGAGGGGCCGCUUCGGUUGCCGUCAGAAAACACCACCUGCACUCGGAACUGCAUCCAGCCCCAGUGGAUGGGCACCGACACACUGGCCUUCGGUGCGGGGCUGUGGGUGUCCGCCGCCCACUCAUCGCUCGGACCACACGCACUACACACAGCACAACACAACACAACACAACACACGACCAUUGAUCCAGUGCACUGUCUGUCUGUCUGUCUGUCGUACUCAUUGCUGGUGCAGCACGUGAUUCGGUGGCCGUAGACGUGUCUGGCCAUCCUCGGGGGGAUGGACCAGUGCACGGCGAUGGACCGCUGCCCGUCCUUGACGCCACGGGGGCUCGCUUGCACAUUGAAGGGGGUGUCGCAGUCACCACCUGCACCCACCGUCAGGCAGACACGAGUCGUGCAAAGGCUCGGCUCCGCGGUCUUUGCUAUGUCUGUUUGUUCGGUGCAUACCUCCUGCUGCUGCUGCUCGUGUGUGUGUGUCGUCGAGUGAGUCGUCGAGCGCUUUGACGGCUCGCGUGACGACGCCGAUGGGCGAGUCCGACAUGAACACCCUGCCUCUCUGUAAUUGCAGAAAGACAUGCCGGCAGGCAGGCAGGCAGGCAGGCAGACAUACGCAUAUACCUGUUUGUGGUGCUCUUUGGCCAUGAAGUCCGGGAUUAUCUCAGGCCGCAGCGUCUCGGGCAGACGCACCGGCACGCCCGUCUUGGGAAAGUCCACCUGAGAAUGAAUGGAGUGUCGUGUGUGGUCUGUGUGGUCUCAUAUCUGCCUGCCACUGACCGCUUGGCUGUGCAGCUCAGCCAGCCUCAUGCAGUGGGGGUGCAGGGCCUACAGAGGCACACACACACACACACACAUGAUACCGAAUACUGAAGGCUUGUGUGUGGCUGUGUGUGUGGGUGACCUUUCUGUGUGCGUAGAUCUCCGUCUGGUGCGGCAUCGCCAGACACGCGCGGGCAAACACUGAGUAAGUUGCAAAGAGGAUACACACAGAUGCGACAGCCCCACACAGUCCCAUCUGCUCACCGCCGAGAUUGUAGUGGAGGAAGUGCCGCACAAUGUAGCUCUGCAGACACAUUGACACACACACAGCACACACAGAGAGAGAGAGGAGAGGAAGCCCCGCCCUCCCCAGCCACGCACCCACCUUCUGUGCGCGUCUUCUGCCGUCCCUCGUGUCCAUAUUCCCUUCAAAAGGCACCGCUGCCGGCUGCCCAACGCUCCGAUCAGGCACGUAGCACUCGGCUGCUGGCGGGUUGGGCGUCGUCGGGAUCAGCCGGCCGUCCCACAGUAUGUGGAACUGGUCGCCGUCUAAGUCACCACCUGCACAUCCACCUGUGUGUGUUGUGCUGUGUAGGGGGCUGCCUGUGGGGCGUACCAGAGAGUUGGUUCGGUAUUGGUCGGUCGCCACGGACAGGGAAGACGAUGACAUUGACGAAUGGCCUCAAUUGUGGGUGGUCGACGGCAGUGAGCACCCGGAGGUCGCCCGCAUGCAGACAGGGGUUGCGCGCAACCACCACUGGGCCUGUGUGUGUGUUUGCGACAUACACAUACACAUCAUUAUCAUUACCAGGGGUGGGUGGGGGGUGGCUGGACGUGUUGUUGGGAAUGAUACCUGUGAUGACUUGCCGCCUCGUGUCGUCAGGUCUUUGGAUCUGGAUGAACACCUGGUCGGCUUCGAGCACACCGACCUCGUCAGACACGCCGAAGAGAUACGCGCCUUCCUGCACACACACAACACACACACACACACACACAACACACACACACACACACAGAGAGAGAGAGAGAGAGAGAGAAACCGCCGCUCUCUCUCUCUCUCUGUGUGUGUUUGUGUGUGUGUAUGUGUACGUGGAUGUAGAGGUGUGUCUUGAUGCGGACGUCCUUGUGCAUGUAGCGCAAAGCAGCGCGGAUGCAUGACCGCAGAAAGGGGUCAUCCGACGGGCAGAAACCCAUCUGCAGGGCCUACACAUCACACACACACAUACGACGACCAUGCAUCACCACAUGCCUCUCUCUCUCUCUCUGUGUGUUUGUAUGUGUGUGUGUGAGGGUACCUGAACAAUGGUCUUGCGAAAGGAGUGCUGUGUGCCGAUCCUCUGGAUGAGCCGCAGCGCCGCCCCCUUGUGUCUGAGGGCGUUCAGCCCGUCGCGCAGGUUGUCCUUCAGAAUGGCGACAAACAUCUACACACCACACACACACACACACACAUAACCACACGAACGCUACUAAAGGUGGGUCGCUGUGUGCCUGGUGCGGUAUGCCGCGAGUGUCGAGCAUCAUGAUGAUCUCGCGGUUGAGGUUCUCGGGCAGGAAGCGGCUG